AUGGAUAAAUAUUGUUAUCUAUUAUUGAUAUUAUUUUUAGUACUAUGUCAACUAUCAUCGACUGACCAGUUGGUGCUGGCGUCGGCACCGACUUGUUUGUCGCCGGAUGGAACCAGUGUCAAUUGGUGGCUAGUCCGAAAACUUCCAAAUUCCAAUCGUUUUAUAUAUACCGAUAGUGUAGCAACUAAUGUUGUGCUUACUUUCAGUGAGAUCAACGCUACCACUUCACCGCUAGCACGUACUCUUCAACAAGCAUACACAAGAAAGUACAUAAUGUUCAACAAUGAGCCAUGGCACAACGGAGGUGAUUUUCCUCAGAAAUAUCCUGCAGUAAAUCCACAGCCAACUGGAACCUCCUCAGAGGCCAAAGGUAUUCUAAUAUUCCAGGAUCAAACUGUAACCGCCGGUAUCCACAUUAAACACUCAUUGCCAGGAUUCCCUCAGCCAACUACUCCCGCCACCUCUAAUUCCGGCGGAACUUUCCUCAUGCCCGGAGCCGACGGAUGGUUCCCAACUGACUACCAUAUCACACCGCCAAACUCAAUGUUACAAUACGUUCCAUCGUAUGGACAUUCGUUUAUGUGUCACAAGUACUCAUCGUUGCAAGUCGUCUCACAGGCGAUCCAGUCGGCACAGCCACUGAUUUACGGACACAACAUCGAAUUCCCUACCACAAACGUCGAUAUUAACAAUAUUUUCAGUGCACCAUCGACACCGAAUCCACAAUCCAAAGAACAGUCAGUGCUGACAACUGAAGGAUUCUAUUUGAGUGGUGGUACUGGAGUGAACUUAUGGACACUUAUCAACUUCCAACCAACUACCUACAUCAACCUACCAGAAAAGGCACCAGUUACAAAGACAUCAAUCAAACCAGUUUACACUACAAAGUUACCAAUUGAUUUCAUCGAUACCAAUUACUAUGAAACAACAUACUCCACAUUUGAUUCCGGUUCUGAUUUCAGUUUUAUUGGUUUCACAACCGACACUCUAUGUCUUGGUGAUUAUACAUUAUCAAAUGUUGCAAGAGGUGGAACAUUAGUUUGUGUUCAAAGUAAUACUCAACCAAUCAUCUCUUUGUUGACAAGAAGUAUUUAUACUUAUGCUAAUUGUGAUGUCACUGGAACAUGUACUUCAGUUACAGUUCCACAAAAGACAUUCAGUGGAAAGUUGGCUUAUGAUCAAUCGGUUCCAUUCAAUUACAACAAUGAUCAACAAGUUAGUAUCAAUGCCCAAUACGACAAUUCAAUGCCACAAACCUAUUUAUCGAUCUACACCGACAGUGUUUUGCCAAUCUGUUCGAGUGAAUCGUGUUGGAAUUCAAUCUCUGAACGUUAUCAAUACUCCACUGGUUCAGACUCGACCUUCUCCUUCACCAAGUCAAACGCUGGUGGUAGUUCGAGUUCCGUACAUCUCAAAGUACUUCUCAUGGAUGCAAAGACUGGUUUGGCAGUGUUGGAUAGCAACUCUCAAGUUGUAUCGUUCGAUGUCGUCGAAGACAAUGCCUACACCUAUAAACUACCGAGAAAUGACAUUGUUAGCAUCUUUAGAAUCAUGCAAAAGCUGAUUGAACAAACACCAAAGUCAUCGAAUCCCGACUACCCAAUCAGCCUCAGCAAUAUCAAAAUCAAAUUGUCUGCCGAUCAAUCUACUGCAACCAUCCAAUGGAGUCGUGCAACGAUCCAACCAAUUACCAUUCAAAUCAAACCAUUCUUUUGUUAUGACACUCUAUUCCGUGCAUAUUCAUACUAUGUACUUGGACAAUACAACAUCGUUCAAACACUCCAAGGUUAUCUCUACACCGAUACCAGUGUUGAUACAGUCUAUCCAACCACCGAUGAAUUCACUCCAUUCUUAAAGAGUUUACUCAACGUUUUUGGAAUGUCAUAUAGAAAUAUUCUAUUCCCAUCAGUUUCCAAUAGAUAUUAUGAUCAAGUUUGUGGUUCAGUUGAUAUUUUGAAUUACAAUAAGGGAAGUGAAGUUUAUAAUAGUGCUAUCUACAAUGAAGGAUACAUCACAAAGUUCUUGUGGAAUGUAUUGAAUGCACCAUCCAUUAAGAAUCCAGGAUUGGACCAAUCAUCACAAUCUACUAAUUCGCUAUCGUUCUUGACCAGUUUGAUUGACACCAAUCCACAAGUUAGAAGUAUUUUGGACUUCCAAGACUCAAUGUAUGCGCUGAUGAGCGACGAUUGGGAUACCAUCGGUAACAAAAUUCAACAGGAUACAUUCAUGGUUCCAUCGUGUCCAUUUUGUUCACAAGCUCCAUCUCAACAUUCGAUUCCACUCAUCAAUAUGUUAACACAAGCCGGUGUUUGCAAUUCCGAUAUCACAUCGAUUCUCAUGGAUACACUCAACAGUUCCGUCAACCUAUGGUUUGCCAACGCCUACGGAGAUGUCAGCACCAACGUUGCCAAAGACUAUUUCUACACACUGUCGAAACCAGAUUACAAUGUCUAUUCUAUGGUUGAUUCCGACUUGUUCAAUCACUGGAUAGAGAUGGACAGCGUUGAGAAGCGUUGUCUCUUUGGUAAGAAGAACGUUGCGCCUGUUACCCCAGCCGGUAUAGUCUACUUAACUGAACUUCUCAAUCGUCAAGUUGCACUUGCCACUCAAACCAAAUCGUACAAUCAAGUCAAUACUUAUUUCAUACCAUCGGUUCUCGACAACACCAACGGUGUAACCAUCGUCAAGUAUCGUUCAUACUUCUGCGCUGCAUUCAUGAGUACUACUGCAGACUUUAACAGCGGUGCAGUACUGGCAUCGUGUGAUGUCGGUCCAAUUGUAACUUCUCUCACUUCACCAACCGACUUCAUAGGUAGUCCAGCCGGUUUCAAUAAAAUAACAAUCACCGGUCGUAAUAUCUUGGGAAGUAGUUUACAGGUGAAAGUUGGUAGCUUGGAUGCCACCUGCCAAACUGGUUCCACCUCCAACAAUGUGCAAACCAGAACUUGUACAGUUCCAAACAACUAUGGUGUUCAACCAAUUACAAUCAAGUCAACAACAGCCACUCUCAACCAAGCCGAUUCAAAUCCAUUGUGGCGUUUUAAAUUCACUUCACCCAGCGUCCAAUCGAUCACACCAGCUCUUGCAGCAACAAGUGGAACAUCAAUGACUGUUAAAGGUACCGAUUUCUAUGCUAUUCCAGGUGUAUCUGGAAAUGCUAAUUACGGUCCAAUUUCCAGUCAGGAUUUGUCUCGUUUCAAACUCUUUGUAGCAGGUGUCCAAACACCAAUUGUUAGUGGUUCACACAACUCUGAUGGUGACAUUAUGGUAUUCACCUCCAAUGGUGUUGGUUUCGAUCAAUUCGUUCAAUUCACUAUUGACGACAAAGUUGUAUCACUCUCUGAUAGUUCCGCUGUGUUUAGUUACAAUAAACCAGUUGUAAACUCAAUCACUAUCGAUCAGAGUGUAUCAUCCACCAAGAGUUUCCUUCAAAUCGACAUUAGAGGAAGUGGAUUCGGUCCAUCUAAUGCCGGCCCAAUCUACAUUGUCUUGGGAGAUCUUCAAUGUGGUAACUUGGUUUGGUAUGACGACAGCCAUCUCAGUUGUCAAAUAGGUCAAGGUGCCGGAAAGGAUAUUGUAAUCAAGGUAUACGUCGGUAAUCAAGAAGCAACCUACAACACUGACAACAAACUAUCGUUCAACGUUCCAGUUAUUCGUCAAAUCGUACAUGGUCAACUCAACACUUCUUCGGAAUCCUAUUUCUACAUUGUCGGAACCAAUUUUGGAACAAAGUUGGGUGAGGUUGCCGAUGUAAAUGUUGACAUUUUCGACAUCUACUGUGUCAUUCCAUCACAGGAUCUUUCGGACGAUGACGACGGAUUGGACAACGCCUGUGAAUACGGCCGUGUCUAUACCGAUGCCAACGGUAACACCAUUCCAACACCAACGACUCAACCAGCCAACUACUUUGAUCCCUACAUCGCAAUCGAUCCAACAUUCCGUAGCUCCGUCGACUUUGAUUGUCUCCAAUGCAUUUUCCCAGCGGGUGUCGGUGGUAAUCUAACGGUUAACCUCACCGCCAGUGGUGUUGCAUCGGCUCCAGCCACAGUCAAUCUCUACUACCAACGUCCAAACAUCACAGAUCUUAUCUACUCCAAUACCAGUAGCACUACCGGUGGUCAAGUCAUUACUCUUCGUGGUACCAACUUUGUUCCCAACGAGUUUCUCAUCUCUAGAGAAAGAGUUGAUUACUCUCUAGCCAACUAUCCAAACGAAGUAGUUUAUGCACAACAAAUCGAUUUAUUCAACAACGGUAAACUUGAUGAAGUCUCCUAUUGGGAGAUCUAUGAAAACCCAUCCAAUAUGACUUCAAUUGAUCUCGGUAUUACAGUUUCUAAUGUAUCAAUGAAUUCCACUUCCAACAAUGCUAUUCCACUCACCGAUAUCCAAUGGAUCAAUUCAACAAUGAUCAGCGCCAAAGUACCACCUGGAAUUGGUGCCAAUUAUUCUAUAGUCCUAUUUGUAGGAGCUCAAUUAAUGUUGAAUCCACUUCGUUCAUUUAAUUUUUCAUAUAACGCACCAAAUAUUACUGAUUACGUCACCACCAAUACAACUGGAGGUAAGAUUACAGUGACCGGUACCAAUUUUGUUCCAGAGGGAGUUAGUCCAUUAGGUUCCAAUGUAACUAUUGAUGGUGCCAACUGUACAAACAUUGUAUGGACCAACGAAACUAGUUUCACUUGUAAUGUAGCCAAAGGAAUUGGAAAAGAUCUUCAUUUCAAUGUCUUUAUUGAUAAUCAAAAUCAAACAAAGAAACAAUAUUUCGCAUAUUAUGCACCUGAAAUUAAAAAUGUUGGUAAUUGUUCAACAGUUGGUGGUAGCGUUACUGCAACUGGAUUCAAUUUUGUUCCAGAAGGAAUUGAGCCAAUUCGUUCAAAUGUUUCAAUUGAUAGCAAAUUAUGUGAGAAUGUACAAUGGAGAGAUGAUAAAACAAUUGUUUUUGAUGCCCCACCUGGAAUUGGUGUCAAUAUUAGUUUCACUGUUGUUGUUGGUGGCCAAACUAACAGUACAGUGUUCAGCUAUUUCGCUCCAAAGGUUGAUACUGUUACCAAGAGUGAUACUCAAGGUACUGGUGUCACCAUUAAAGGUGAAAACUUUGUACCACUGAAUGUUGAUGCUGGUACCAAGUCUAAUUUAACCAUUAACAAUCGUUUGUGUACCAAUCCAACAUGGACUGAUGACAAGACCAUCGUUUGUCAAGCACCACCAGGAAUCGGUGUAGAUUUGUCACUUGAGGUUUAUAUCGGUGGACAAAAGGAUACUGAUCCAAAGAAGUUCACUUAUAACAAACCAACUCUUGAUAACAAACAAUAUAAUGGUGCAACUGCAGGAAGCACCGUCAUAACAAUCACUGGAGCCAACUUUGUACCGAGUUCAGCCGCUGAGGAAGUCAACAGUAAGCAACCGGAUACCAACAACACCGUGUCAAUUGACGGAAAGAAUUGUGAAACCGUUAGAUGGGUUGACGACAAGACAGUACAAUGCACCAUUCCCAAAGGAACCGGUAAAGAAAAGAACAUUAAAGUCAUCGUUGGAACUCAAGAGACAGAAGCCAACACCUACUUCUCUUAUGACGCUCCAAAGGUUGACAGCAUUGAACCAAACAGAGGAAGAACUACCGAUGUUAAAAAUGUCGUUAUCAGAGGAAAGAACUUUGGUGAAAAUACUACGCCAACCGUCAAGAUUGGCGAUGGAACAUGUACUGUAUCCACAAGUACAGACACUACCAUCAAUUGCCAAGUUCCAACUUCAACCACCGACGGUGACAAGUUGGUAAAGGUAACAGUCGACUCCCAAGAUUCGACCGACCAAGUUUUCUACACCUAUUAUGGUCGUCCACAAAUAGAUUCAAUUAGUCCAACUUCCGGUGCAGUCGAUGGUGGAUAUUCAUUGACAAUCAAUGGUAAGAACUUGGUUGAGGAUAACCAUCAACCAACAGUGUACUUUAACAACCAAGAAAUCAUUCCAAACUCUGUAUCAAGCACUCAGAUUAUUAUCCUCGUACAAAGGGGAGGUGGUCGUUCCAUCCCAAUAUAUGUCGUUGUGAACUACAGAGAUAGUAAUACAAACACCGACUUCUCCUAUAUUGCACCAUCGAUUCAAUCUAUUUCUCCUGCAAGUGGUGAAGCAGAUCAGCCUCACUCGAUUGUCAUUCAAGGUUCCAAUCUUGGUCUGACCAUUGACUUACCAUCUGUAACAAUUGGAGGACAUGAUUGUUCAGGUAUACAAGUCACCAGCUCUUCAUCGGUCAGUUGUACUGCUCCGGCACUUCCAGAAGGUACAAUGUUUGUAGAGUUGACUUUCCAUUCCCAAAAGGCAACCUCAACAUUUACCUAUGAAAAAGAUGACAGUAGUGAAAGUAGCGCAAGUCAAGACGACACCUCUACCACAUCUACCACAUCUACUACAUCUACCACAUCUACCACUGCCAGUCAAACAGGUGCAUCUGGAACUCCAUGCAUAGGUGUUCCACCCACUGCAGGAACUAUAGCUCCAGGUACCGGAGCACAAUCAACAGGCCCUACAAACCCUACUGCUGGAGCUACAACUGCCGGAGCUACAACUGCCGGAGCAACUGCCGGAGCAACUGCCGGAGCAACUGCCGGAGCAACUGCCGGAGCAACUGCUGGCGCUACAACAGGGCCAACUGCUGGUGCUACAACAGGUCCCACAACGGGUCCAACUGCUGGUGCUACAACAGGCCCCACAACAGGUCCUACUGCUGGUGCUACAACAGGACCUACUGCUGGUGCUACAACAGGACCUACUGCUGGUGCUACAACAGCCACUACUGUAGUGGUAACAGUUAAUUCAACCUCAACUACCUCAAAUUCAACUACAGAAGGUGCAACGACAGGUCCUACUACAGGUCCAACUGCUGGUGCUACAACUGGUCCAACUGCUGGAGCAACAACUGGUCCAACUGAAGGUGCUACAACUGGUCCUCCAACAGAAGGCGCUACAACUGGUCCAACUGCUGGCUCUACAACUGGUCCAACUGCUGGCGCUACAACUGGUCCAACUGAAGGAGCUACAACAGAUCCUACUGCAGGUGCUACAACUGGUCCAACUGAAGGUGCUACAACUGGUCCUCCAACAGAAGGCGCUACAACUGGUCCAACUGCUGGCUCUACAACUGGUCCAACUGCUGGAGCUACAACUGGUCCUCCAACAGAAAGUGCUACAACAGAUCCUACUGCAGGAGCUACAACUGGUCCAACUGAAGGAGCUACAACUGGUCCUCCAACAGAAGGCGCUACAACUGGUCCAACUGCUGGCUCUACAACAGGUCCAACUGAAGGUGCUACAACUGGUCCUCCAACAGAAGGCGCUACAACUGGUCCAACUGCUGGCUCUACAACUGGUCCAACUGCUGGAGCUACAACUGGUCCAACUGAAGGUGCUACAACAGAUCCUACUGCUGGAGCUACAACAGAUCCUACUGCUGGAGCUACAACUGGUCCAACUGAAGGUGCUACAACUGGUCCUCCAACAGAAGGCGCUACAACAGGUCCAACUGCUGGAGCAACAACAGGUCCAACUGAAGGUGCUACAACGGGUCCUACAGCAGGAACUACAGCAGCCACGACUUUCGUAAUAACAGUUAAUUCAACUUCAACCACAGCAGGCGAUACUGCCACUCCAACUACCGCAGGUAACACCGCAUCUCCAACCUCUGUAGGCAACACCGCAUCUCAAACCACUGAAGGUUACACCACAGCACUAACCUCUCUAGGUGACACCACAGCACUAUCCUCUCUAGGAGAUACAACAUCUCCAACUACUCUAGGUGACACCACAUCACCAAUUACAGUAGGUGCAACUACAUCACAAACAACAGUAAGCGAUACCUUAUCUCCAAUUGGUGUAACUACAUCGCAAACUACUGCAAGUUCUCCAACAACAGUAGGUGCAACCACAUCACAAACAACAGUAAGCGAUACUUUAUCUCCAAUUGGUGUGACUACCUCACAAACUACAGUGACUGUUCCAACAACAGUAGGUGCAACAACAUCACAAACGACUGUUGGUGACACCCUAUCUCCAAUUGGUGUGACUACCUCACAAACUACUGCAAGUUCUCCAACAACAGCAGGUGCAACCACUUCACAAACAACAGUAAGCGAUACCCUAUCUCCAAUUGGUGUAACAACAUCACAAACUACAGUGACUGUCCCAACAACAGUAGGUGGUACAACAUCACAAACAACAGUAAGUGAUACCUUGUCCCCAACUGGUGUGACUACUUCACAAACUACGGUGAGUGCUCCAACAACAGCAGGUGCGACUACAUCACAAACUACUGUUAGUGACACCUUAUCUCCAAUUGGUGUAACUACUUCACAAACUACUGUUACUGUUCCAACAACAGUAGGUGCAACAACAUCACAAACUACUGUUAGUGAUACCUUGUCCCCGACUGGUGUAACUACUUCACAAACUACUGUUACUGUUCCAACAACAGUAGGCGCAACUACAUCACAAACCACUGUUAGUGACACAUUAUCUCCAAUUGGCGUAACUACUUCACAAACUACUUUAAUUGACACCACAUCACCAAUUACAGUAGGUGGUACAACAUCACAAACUACUGUAAGCGAUACCUUGUCACCGACCACUGCAACUACAUCGCAAACCACUGUUAGUAAUCCAACAACAGUAGGUGCAACAACCUCACAAACUACAGUAAGUGACACCUUAUCUCCAAUUGGCGUAACUACAUCACAAACUACAGUGACUGUUCCAACAACAGUAGGUGCAACAACAUCACAAACGACUGUUGGUGACACAUUAUCUCCAGUUGGUGUGACAACUUCACAAACUACAGUGAGUGCUCCAACAACAGCAGGUGCAACAACAUCACAGACCACUGUUAGUGAUACCUUAUCUCCAAUUGGUGUAACUACAUCACAAGCUCCUGUUACUAUUAUAACAACAGUAGGCGCAACAACCUCACAAACUACUGGAGAUGACACGACAUCUCCAAUUGGUGUAACUACAUCACCAACAACACAUACUAUUUCCACCGAUGCACCGACAGGAGUAAACCCAACGACUACUACAACUCAGGCUAGUACAACUACUAUGACUUCCCAAAGUACAAUCUCAGGAGAUGCUUCGUCUUCUGGUGGUUUAUUCAACGCACAAACUAAUUCCGAGAACGACUCUCCAAGUGUCUUUAGCUUCUUUAAGAAAUUGUUCUCCUUCUAA